AUGGUGGAGUACGAGGACUGGGGGUUCAACCGGGAGGCAGGGGGUGGGCGAGCCUCGAGCGCGCUCAUCUCGAUCGUCAAGGCGUCGCUACGCGCGGUCUUCCGCGGGGGGAGCUUCGUCGACGGGUGCGGGACCGCGGCGCGGCUGGAGGUGGGCGAGCGGCGCUGCCUCGCCGCGCGCGAGCUGACCAAGCUGCACGAGGAGACGGCGCGCGGCACCGUGUCCGAGCUCGCGGCGCGGUACGCGGCGGCGCAGGACGAGGCGGGCAAGCUGCGCGGCGAGUUCACGAUCGUGCUAGCGCCGCUCGCCGAGGAGGAGGUGGCGGCGCGGGCGAGCGAGGCGCGCGACGCGGCGCAAGACGAGGCGCGCGACCAGCUCAGGGAGCGGCUGGUGACCGGGCAGCCGCUCUCGAGAGCGGUGCGCGAGGUGGCGGCGGCGGUGGGCGCGCGGAGGGACGCGGUCUACCAGAUUGCCCUCGAGCUCAAGGACGGCGGCCAGGAGUGA